AUGACAGACACACACCAGCCCAUAGUUGAUUCCACCAUACAGUCCCUCGCGGACGUCAAGCAGCAGCCGUUCGCUACGUGGUCUACCUUUUGGGUGGCCUUCACAAUCCUUUUCAUCAUCUUCAAUAUGAAGAAUAUGCCCGCCAUAUGGCACGUCCGCAUCCUCAACUCCUUCCGCUUUGUCCUGCGCUCUCAACGCCCCCGCGUGCCCCUGCAACCGUCGCACAUCUUCCAGCCCCUCAUCACUUCCUCGUCAGCCCAGCUGAUGGAGAUUGACUUCAACCUGCACAAGUCCAACUCCUCCUACUUCGCCGACGCCGAUAUCGCCCGCUCGCAUCUGGUAUGCACCCUCUUCGCCGAGGGGAUCGCCACGAUGCGUGGCGGCGCGAAUGCCUACACGGGGUCAGGACAGCCCAUCUUCGGGCUGGCCUUGGGCGCCGUCUCGUGCAGUUUCCGAAGAGAGCUGAUGCCGUAUGAGAAGUACGAGAUGUGGACCAAGAUCUUGGCGUGGGAUGAGAAGUGGCUUUACAUUGUGACCCAUUUCGUGAAAAAAGGGGCGGUGCGGCCGGGGAGUCAUUCCUUGUAUCCUGAACAGGCUGGUGAUGAUCAAGAUCCGCGUCUUGACAUGGAGGAGAAUGUAUUCGACCUGGAAAAGAACCUCUUUGCCACGGCAUUGAGCAAGUGCGUCUUCAAGUCUGGGCGUAAGACGGUGGCGCCUGAGCUCAUGCUGCGAUUGUCCGGUCUACUACCAACCAGGGAUGAGGACAAGAAGGACAAAUAUGCGGCCACCCUGAGGGGCAUUGAGAUAGAAAGGCUACGAGGCAUGGAGAUGGCACAGAUUCUUGCUGCUCGGAACCAGAGACCUUUAGAGGCCGAGUUUACGGGCAGUAACAGAGAGACACUGGGAAGACACAGCGACGGCGCUGGGCUUCUGGGCUUGUUCGGCACUGGCCUGAAUAUUUUACGCUUGAGGAAAACACCUAUUUGGUAG